UUGACAAGGUGACCAGCGAUUGUGGGCGGGCGUCCUCACACAGGCAACCAGGGAAACCCCCCAGACAAAGUCAGAGAGUGACAGGAAGGCACAAGAUGGCGGACGCAAUCGCAAAGAUAGAUUCCACGGACGCCGUCGACAAGCGGGUUGAUGACGAGCAGCUGGAGGCAAAGAGGUCGCACGACGAGGACAGCAACCUGAACACCGCCAGGAUGGAUCCCGAGCACCGGCGCGCCGUCGAGAAGAGUCUCAAGCGCAAGCUCGACGCGCGGUGCGGCCUCUUCGUGCUCAUCUACAUCAUGAACUACCUCGACCGCAACAACAUCGCGUCGGCGCGUCUCAAGGGCCUGCAGGACGACCUCAAGCUCAACAACACGCAGUAUGCCACCUGCCUCAGCAUCUUGUAUGUCGGAUACAUCCUCAUGCAGGUGCCGAGCAACAUGUUCAUCAACCGCAUCUCCCGGCCCUCGCUCUACAUCGCCUGUGCCAUGCUGCUCUGGGGCCUCAUCUCCACCCUCUCCGGCGUCGCCACCAGCUUCUCCCACAUGGUCACCAUCCGCUUCUUCCUCGGCUUCGUCGAGGCCGCCUUCCUGCCCGGUGCCCUGAUGAUCCUCUCCAAGUGGUACACCCGCCGGGAGCUGACCGAGAGGAACGCCAUCCUGUUCUGCGGUAACCUCAUCUCGAACGCCUUCUCCGCCCUUGUCGGCGCCGGCGUUCUCUCCAACAUGCAGGGCGUGCUGGGCCAUGCCGCCUGGCGGUGGCUUUUCUGGAUUGAGGGAGCCGUUACCAUGGGUGUCGCCAUCUCCGCCGCCUUCAUCCUGCCCGACUUGCCGCACAACUCGCGUGGCUUCACUGAGGAGGAGCUGCUGGUUGCCCGGCUCCGGAUGACCGAGGACGUCGGAGAGGCUGAUGAGGACGCUCCCAACCAGGGAGUCUUUGAUGGACUUAUCAUGGCCCUUAAGGAUGUCAAGAUCUACGUCAUGAUGCUCACCUUCACCGCCUACGUCGUUGGACUGUCGUUCAAUGCCUUCUUCCCCACACUCACCGGCACAUUGGGUUUCGAUUACGUCCCGACUCUGCUCAUGAGCUCCCCGCCGUGGGUGUUUUCAUGCAUAGUCUCGCUCAUCAACGCCUGGCAUGCCGAUCGCACACAGGAGAAGUUCUGGCAUAUCAUCGGGCCCAUCAUGGUCGGAAUGGUCGGCUUCAUCAUCAGCAUGUCCACCCUUAACGUCGCGGCUCGUUACAUCGCCCUCUUUUUGCAAGCCAGCGCCUAUGCCGGCUUCAUCGUCUUCUACUCCUGGAUCAGCUCCUCCUUCCCCCGCCCCCCAGCCAAGCGAGCCGUCGCCAUCGCGCUCGUCAACGCCUUCAGCCAGCUGGGCAACGUGGCGGGCUCGUACGUGUGGGAUCUCAAGGAGAACGGCUACCGCAAGAGCUAUGGCAUCGUGACGGCCAUGUUCGGCCUCACCAUCUUCGGCUCGUGGAUCUUCCGCGUCAUCCUGGCCAACCUCAACAAGCAGCUCGAGGAGCGCGAGCGUGAGGCUGAGGCCCUGCCUGAGGGAACGUCUGAGAAGGAUGGUUUCUCUGGAGGCAUUAUUCGGCCUGAGGAGGCGCUGAAGAUGACGAAGGGAUUCAGGUAUAUUCUUUAAGGGUGGUUGUACAUAUGUGCCAAGGGGUAGUGGCAAACUAGAUAUUUGCAUCACUCUCUGAUCCAGGUCCGCAGCCCAUUUGGCUGCCCAUAACUGUUUUCUUCCGUGAUGUCGUCUAUCCCCAGCCAAUAGAAUUCGGCUCAAGGGGAUCAAUCUCUUCAAAAGUUUGCGUCUCAACUUGCCCCUCUCUACAGUUAAGAGGGAUGUGUCAACUGCAAUGCUUAGAGGCAUACUGAAGAGUGGUUAGGAGGUAUAGUAUAUGAUACAGGAAACGAGCUAUGUAUAUAUAUAUUGACUGCAGCCUCCAAG